AUGGACCAGAACGAGGAAGUCGGCUUGGAAGAGCGUCUCAAGUCUGCCCUCUGGCUGGCUAUCGGGAAGAUCGUCGACGAGGAGACCCUCAAACUCGGGGUCAACGCGACACCUCAGUUCAUUGGGGCCUUGACAGAGCUGGUUUGGACACAAAUUGAGAACGUCAGCCAGGAUCUAGAGUCAUUCGCCAAGCAUGCCGGGCGGUCAACCAUCAACGCAUCCGACGUGAUGCUUCUCACUCGCCGUAACGAAGGGCUGGAGUCGAUCCUGCGUGCCUUUAUCGACCAGCAACGCGGGGAGGCUUCAGCCGGCAGUCCAGUGGCUGAAUCUGAUUAG